GAGCAGCCCAACAAGAUGACCAGACAAGGGAAAACAGCCCACCUCUCUCUGAGGCUCCACCUUUUGCUCCAGUAUAUAGGCUACUGAUUGUCAUGGCCUGUAGUCUUGCACAGGACAGACAGGCUGUGGCAGAGAACAAGAUUGCAGCACUUUUGUUAAGUCUUCAAUAGACAAUACCGCUCAGACACCUCUCCAGUCCAAGACAAAAUAAAAACUUGAUAUCUGAGUUUACAGUCAGAAGUCAGAAAAGCUGGUAACUUCAAACUAUCGCCACACAACACAUAUCCAGUAUGGCAAAGGAGGAAGCUUAUUCUACCCUGAUUUGUGGAAUUCAAGAACUAAACUUCGACAAGCCGUCAGUUCCAUCUCAGCUGCUGUUGAAUGGCCACCAUGCUUUCCCUUUGGUUGUGAACACAAAGGAUCACGUCCUUGUAGCUGCAUCGCGUUACGGCCUUGGCCGCGUAGUGGUUUUGGGGCAUGAGGCAUACAUGUUCGAGUUCUCAGAUCUAGUUAAGAAUGCACUGGGAUGGCUCAAACCCUCCUCUGGCAGGGCUAAAGUAGGUGUCCAUCCAAGUUACAAGUCGAUCCUUGAUGACAUCUCCCCAGUAGAAGCAGAGGUGUGCACAUUUAGAGAUGACUUGGGGGUGUAUGUCACCGAUGCUUAUGAUGUGGGUCGCAUUAGUGAGGAGCUUGUUAGUUUCCUAAAAGAGGGGGGAGGGAUCCUGAUUGCGGGUCAGGCUUGGCACUGGGCUUACUCGAAUCCCCAAGAAAAUGUCCAGCUUGAAUUCCCAGGAAACCGGGUGUGUGGUGUCGCAGGUAUAUACUUCACAGAGCAUUAUGGACAUCGUGAAAUUGUCUCAAUUCCAUCAAGCAUCCCUUUCAAGUGGUUGUCACGAGGUCUUCAAGGAGCCUACUCUACGAUUAUGCGAGGCAUCCAGGAGCUUACCUUCAAAGGACCUCCUGUACCCAGCGAGCUGCUGCUGAAUGGCCACCAUGCUUUCCCUUUAGCUGUGAACAGCAAAGAUCAGGUCAUGAUGGCUGCCUCGUGCUAUGGCCUUGGCCGCAUAGUGGUGUUGGGACACGAGGCAUACCUGCAGGAUUUCCCACUUGCAAUGCAAAAUGCCCUGAGAUGGCUGCAACCUUCAUUUGACAGGGCUAAAAUAGGCGUCAGUCCCAGCUGCAGUGGCAUGGUAGAGAACCUGUCCUCGUUUGAUGUGGAAGUCUGCCAGUUCAAAGAUGAUUUGGGGGUUUAUGUCACAGAUGUCUACAAUUUGGGUUCAUCAGCUAAGGAUCUGGUGAAAUUCUUAAAGGCAGGGGGAGGGCUUCUUCUGGCUGGCCAGGCAUGGCACUGGUCGAGCACCCAUCCAGAGGAAAAGGUGCUCCUACGCUUCCCUGGAAACCAGGUGUGUGGGGUGGCUGGAAUUCACAUCACUGAAAGUUAUGGGAAACAUGAAGAGAUUGCUGUGCCAUCAGACCUUCCUCUCAAAUGGAGCUCAACAUCGAGAAGUGCAAAAUCUGACGACGAUCUGGAAUUCCUGCUGAAGAAUGUGUCAGAGUUUGAUAUCCGUGGAGAUGCAAUCCCAUCAGAGGUCCUGGUCCAUGGUCCCUUGGCGUUCCCCAUCGCCACCACUCCUGAGGGAAGGGCCUUUCUUGCUGGAGCUCAGUACGGCCUGGGCAGAGUCAUUGUGACCACCCAUGAGAAUUUCAUUUCUCAAGGGCCUAUAUCUCCAUUCUUCCUGCAAGCUCUCCAGUGGCUAGACCAGGGGCGCAAUGGGACAGUUGGCAUCGUACCUAGGCUGAGACAAGCUACUGAUCCUCUAAGCAAGUCAGGUCUUUCCUGUCAGGUCACUGAUUUUACUGAUGGCCUCAGUGUCUAUGUGUGCACCUCAUACAGUGAUGAUCAAUGCACAGAAAUCCAGAAAUUUGUCGCUGAAGGUGGAGGGCUGCUGAUUGGUGGCCAUGCCUGGUACUGGGGUUACAGCAACAAUGCUGCUGAAGUUCUGAUGAAAUACCCAGGAAACCGCAUUCUCAAUCAGAUGGGUCUCUCAAUCCUGACCAACAUUGUAGACCGAGAGUUGUACAGCGCUCAUUCUGGCAAAGAGUUAAUGGAGGUGUAUCAGUUUCGUGAGUUCCUGCCUCUAUUUGCUGAUUACAUGGUUCAAAGCCAAAGUCUUAGCAAAGAUCAGAGGGGCUGUCUCGAGAAGAUGGGCAGGGACUGUGCAGACUACCUCUCCAUGUCGGCUCAUCACUGCGCUUCCUACUCCUCGGUGCUGGACACAUUAACAGAUGUGUUGAAGUCUGGAAAAGUACCACAGGUGUCAGAAAAUCGCCCAGUGAGUGACACUGAGGAACGCAUGCUGCUGGAGUUUGCCAGUGAGGUGUGCAAGGUUUGCCCAGAUCCAGACGCUCUCCUGCCCUACAUCAUCAAGGAUCCUGUUGUCCUGCCAACAGUCAGCAAUACUAAACUGCACAUUACUGCCAUGACAUCAGGACAAGAAGAAUGGAUCAGCACCGGUCUGUACCUCUCCCCUGGCAUGAAGACUGAUAUUGAAUUUCCUCAGCAAAUAGUGGGAAAUGGUUGGAAGGUGCAGAUUGGCUGCCAGUCUGACAACCUUAGGAAGUUGGACGUGUUGAAACGAGCUCCAGUGGUUUGUGAGAGCUUCCCUGUGGACAAUAGCAUCAUGCAGGUGUGGAACCUCUGGGGAGGUCUCAUCUACCUGGUUGCCCCACGUCAAUGUGAAGUGUUUCAUGCAGAGGUUGUGGUGCAGGAAGCUGUCCGAGCACCAUACUACAAGUCAGGGGAGACGAGCGUAGAUGACUGGGUGAACACUGUGCGUCAUGAGCCUGCACCAUGGGCCGAGUUGGAGUUUGAGAACCUCAUAAUCACCCUUGACUCUAAAGUAAUCAGGGAUCUAGAACGGCCAGACCUGGUGGCUGACCAGUGGGAUGCAAUGAUGAGAGCUGUUGCUGACCUGGCAGCAAAACCUGCCACGUUCCCACGUAAGGAGCGGUUUGUGGCGGACGUACAGAUAUCUGCCGGAUUCAUGCAUUCUGGCUAUCCGAUCAUGAUGCACACUGGAUCGGCCCCUGACCUGAUAAAGCUAACCAACAAAAAGGACGCCUGGGGCCCCCUCCAUGAGCUGGGCCACAACCAGCAGCGAAGUGUCUGGGAGAUCAGCCCAAACACCACUGAGGCCACCUGCAACCUCUGGUCGGUGUAUGUAAGCGAGACGGUGCUUGGCGUGCACCGGGCAAAAGCUCAUGAUUCUUUAGAACCUCAUAAGCGAUCGGAGAGGACCCAGAAUUAUGUCAAAGGAGGGAGGAAUAUCAAUAACUGGAGUGUUUGGGUGGCACUUGAGACAUAUUUGCAGCUUCAGGAGCAGUUUGGAUGGGAUGCCUUUAAGAAGGUCUUUGCUGCCUACCACGAUAUGGAAGGUGUGCCCAAUGACAACGAUGGCAAGAUGAACACGUACGCUGAGACCUUCUCCAAAGUGGUGAACAGGAACCUCACAUCAUUCUUCAGGGCCUGGGGCUGGCCAAUCACAGCUGAGACGGAGAGAAGGCUCGCAGAUAUGCCUGUCUGGAGCAAUCAUCCAUUGGCCUAGUAUGCCGUGAGACUUAAUAGGUGUUAUGACUACUUAAAUGUGACAUUUUUUAAUUAUAUGUAAUAAAAAUGGAAAACACCUUAUUAAUGUUUUCUUUCCUUCACUGCCAUGCACACAUUUUUCUGUUUUGCAAUAUUAAACACUUUCCAUUUGCCUUUCACUUCUAUUCACAAAAUAGAAACAAAUGACUGUGGCCAUUAAAUUAACUGCUUUCCUGUAGUUGCCAGUGUUGCCAGAUUGGACUACUUGGGAUGAGCGUCUGCGGGUAAAAACGGGGAAAAUUGGCCAUUUGGUGUUUAAUUUCAGCUGUUUUGAGCCCAUAGAAGUCAAUAUAAUUUGUUGAAUUUGGGCGGAAUUUAGCGCAUUUUGAGAACCUUUUGGGCGGGAUUUGGUCAGACACAUCUGGCAACACUGGUUACUGAUAACAUUUUCUAUUGUCAUGCCUAAAGGUGAUGAUACACAGGGCACAUUGAG